AAAAAUAAAAAAAAAACGCUGUGCGACUUUAAAAUAAACAGUUGCUGUAUAAAAUGUCUAAACCUUCUUUUCUCUUUUGUGUAAAGUAACAAAACUACCAAUACACCAUGACAAAAGCCCCUACUCAAGCUGCUGUGCAAGUAGCACUACGUAUCCGACCGUUAAACGAUCGAGAUCGAGCACAGCCUCGAUUUGCAAGUUUAUCUGAGAAUGAUGUACUCAAUGUUCAAGAUAAGAAUGUCCAUGUCGUCUCUCAGGGCAAGCUGUUUCACUUUGACCACGUCUUCCGACCCUCUUGUGCGCAGUCCGACAUUUUCUUAAACGUCGGUGACAAGCUUGUUCGUCACUUUGUCGACGGUAUGUUGUGUAAAGGGGGCAGGGUGCUGCUGUUCUUUGGAUUUGGCGGCUACAACGUUACAAUACUCGCCUAUGGACAAACAUCGUCAGGCAAGACGUACACGAUGGGUACAGCGCAGUACAAUGGCGGAGUAGAGCACGAUGGUAUUGUUCCACGAGCGGUGGAUUUACUUUUUGAUCUGCUUGCUACCGCUGGAGGGGGAGGAGCUACCGGCAGCAGCAUUGGUGGGACCUCACCGUCCGCACGAUCCUCACCAGCACCAUCCGUCAAUUACAGCAAAAGCCGUAUGCGCGCUCCACGCUCUGCAACACCCCCUACAACACCGCCGGCAUCAGCCGCAGGAGCGACGCAACACCGCUAUAGCGUCAAAGUGUCCUUUGUUGAAAUCUAUAAUGAAGAACUCAUCGACCUGCUGAAUCCAGCACCGCCUACGGAACGGCCGCCAAUAACCAUCCGCGAAGACGUCAAGGGCCAGAUCUAUUGGACUGGCGUCAAGGAAAUGCCUGUGCAAAAUGCAGACGAUAUUAUGAUGUACCUGCAGCAAGGCACAUUGAACCGUGCCACAGGCGCAACUGAUAUGAAUGAAAAGUCGUCGCGUUCCCAUGCGAUCCUGUCCAUCACGCUCAAACAGGAACGAUGGACGCCUCGCAAACAAAGAGCACAGCAGCUGGGGCAAGAAGAUGCGGGCGAUUGGAUCAUUACCACGUCCAAGUUCCACUUUGUCGAUUUGGCCGGUAGUGAAAGAUUAAAACGAACAGCAGCAGAAGGCGACCGACGUAAAGAAGGCAUCAACAUCAACGCUGGUCUCUUGGCACUUGGCAACGUGAUCUCAGUAUUAGGCGAUCCUGCUAAGCGACAUGCACAUAUCCCUUAUCGUGAUUCCAAACUGACGCGCCUGCUGCAGGACUCACUAGGUGGUAAUGCAACCACUUUAAUGAUUGCCUGCGUCAGCCCAGCAGAAUACAAUUUGCCCGAGACUAUCAACACGUUACAAUAUGCAAGUCGUGCACGCAACAUUAAGAACAAACUUGAAAAGAACGAAGUGGAGGAAUGGAUGACGACCGACAACGUUGAUAUGCUACGCAAUAUGAUAUCCACUUUAAAAGCAGAGCUUCGAAAAGGAGGAGGAGGAGGAGGAGGAGGAGCAGGAGCAUCUCCACAAACAGCUCCAACAGGUACAAUAACACCUCUUGAUGCUGGAUCACCUGUCCUUUCAGGCGCGGAUUUUGAUCAGCUGUAUCAAGAGCAGCGCAACGUGAUUGCUGACCUGCAGCGUCAAGUAGAAGAGCUGGAUCAUGAAGCCUCUGUCACGCGCGAACGUAACAGAGUAGUAGAAGAUGAGCUGAAACGCGUCAAGACGUACAAUUUCCAACAUUAUGCCGAACCCAUUGCGGAAGAGUACGAAAAGACAAUGUCAAAACUUGAGUCUCAGCUUGCCAUGGCCCGUGCUGCACUCAACCACUCGGACUUUAUGUUUGAAGAGCAUCAGGCCAAGAUUGAACAGUACGGAAUCGUGAUGGAGGAUCAGGAAAAGCAGAUCGAGAUGAUGGAACGUCGUUUACAACAACAACAACAACAGCAGCAGCAGCAGCAGCAUGCAUCCAACCAGAACGACACUCAUGAUAAUUCAGCAUUGGUGGAAGAGCUACAGAGUACGAUUGACAAAUUUAAACAAGCGGAAGAAAGGACUGAAAUGCAUAUCAUGGACUUGUCGCGCAAACUGGAUGCUGUAGAAGAGUCUAACGAGAAAUUGCAAAUCAAAUUGGACGAUACGCUACGCGACAGGGAAGAUCUGCAACAGCAAUACGAGGCCAAGUUGCUUAGCAUGAUGGUCGAACUAGACAAGCAAAAAUCCGCGAGCACUUCUUCAGAAGACGAUCGAUCCACAACGACGACGUUGGCGGAAGAAAAGGAGGAGCGACGCGUAUUACAUCAACAAAUUGCGCGUCUCCAAGAAAACGUGCUUGCAUUGCAAGCACAUUCCGAAGAACGUGAACUGGCAUCACGCAAGCGCAUUGAAAAGCUCCAAGAGCAGCUUGAGCAAGCGUUGGAAGAAAAGGAAUCGAUCAUGCUCGCGCAUGAAGAAGCACUGAAAGGCAUCAAGAGCGAGUCCGAAGUCGAGUCCUUGGCGAUCGUUCCCGACCUCAAGUCAUUUUCCAACCACUAUGUGCAAUUACACGACGGCUAUUCUGUCCAGCUAGAACGGUUAGACACAGCCUUGGACAGGACCCACGUGCUGCUAUCCUCCAAAACCGAAAUGAUGAUGGCGUCUCGCAAGAAUGCCACGGUGAUGCGACGCGUAGCAGAUUUGGACAAACAACUGACGAGCCAAAAGGUCAAGAUUGAGGACGAAAUGAUCAAGUUUGAGAUCAACUUUGAUGACUGUUUCCAAAACAAGGAUGCUCAGGGUGUCAUGGCUGUCUUGUCCAAGGCUGAGCAUGACUUGCAGGGUUUAUGCAGCAAUACGGUCAAGCUGGAAGCCAAGCUGCAAAAGACGGAAAUGGCGCUUCAAGGCAAUACCCAGCAGAUUAAAAAUGAACGCGAUAUGGAGGAGCUGAGGCAUAGGAUGGAUGCGAUCAAGAUCCAUCCGGAUGAUCUGUUGGAUGAAAAGAGGACGCUGCUGUUUGAUCGUCCUCAAAGUACAAAGUCCAUUUGCUAAACCAAGAACGCUGUUAUACCCCCUUUCCCCUUCUUAGCGCAUACACUCCAUAUCGAUAUUAUUUGUUUAUUCUUUCUCUCUCCGUCUCUCUUCCUUUUUGGCCUGCUUUAUUACCAUUUCCCCACUAUCUACUUGAUGUACAUAUUGUUUACUUUAUAAACUAC